AAUAAUUCCAUUGGAUUAUUGAGGAGGACUGACAGGAUGGAGAGAGGAAGGGAAAAAUUGUCCGCACGACCCACCAGUCAGCAAGCCUCCCCUGACGAUGGGACACGGAGAAGAUGCCGUCACCGGAAAGGGUCGCCACUCCCACUCUCCCUCCGAAUGGAGAAAAACGUCAUCUGCCUCUUGUUGGGCCGACGUGUCAUCAAAACGCUGGUUCGAUACACGGCAGGAAAGCAUGGGGCACAUUUGGUUGACUUGAUUUACAAGUUGACUCGCGUUACGUUGGGGAAGCGAAAGGCUAAAAAGUUGGUGAAACGGACCCUGAACGUUAUUGCAGAGAUCUCUGUUCUUACGAUGCAUGGAAAGUUGAGCCCACACCAACUCGACCUCAUGCGACAGGCGCUGCUCACUCCGCUGAAAAAGUUUCAAGAGAUGAUGCAGGAAAGGAUGGACAAGGCGCAAAACGAACCCUGGGCUUCAGUCUGGUCCGACCACGUUGCCCACCAGCGGGACCGUUUCAUCCGGAGUGUGCGGAAGGCGGAGAAGGAGCUGUUUCUCACCUUGGCCCCUUUAUUGCAGGAGCGCACACUUCACCUCUUGGUGAAGGUGGCUCGGAGUCUGCGCGACCCACAGAUCCUGCUGGCCUGCUGGGGCGACGACGAGGACGGCGUCAAGGACGUGACCCAAGAAGUGUUUGAAGAGAUGCUGAAGACGGUCGAGGGGAUGGCAGAGGAGGAGCGGCAAUGGUGCCUCAAAAAGAGCAGGUCCAGGCAACGAAGGAGAGGACUCAGAGGAAGACGGACGCGGAGCAAGUUCACCUAAGUCAACAAAUUCAGGAUAAUUAAUCAUCCAACAAAAUUCCACAAGUGCUGCACCACUCUGAUUUACUUUUAACGGAGAUUAUACCAAAUUCUUAAAAAAAACAUUCAACAAGUCAAAACAUUCACUAAUGAA